AUGUUUGGUCUCACUGGAUACCUCCUACAAAUAUUCAUGGUCACGAUUCUACUUGCGCCAACUGCUGCCCAACUCCGUGUCGGCAAUUUGACCCACGUCCUUCCACAAUGCAACAAUGUUUGUAACGCCUAUAAUGUCAUGAAUACGCAAUGCAACGCCGUUGGUGUUUAUGAAAUAACGUUCAUCUACUGCGAAUGCACCCCAACCAACCUCCAAAUCGUUCUCGACUGUUUCAACUGCCAGUCCGUAAACACGACGCAACAGCAACUCAUGCAGGAACUGCUUGACGACAUCGUUCACACGUGCAACGACCGAACUGGCGCACCCGACUCGACUGUUACCGUCAGUUCGCUGGCAAUCGUACCCAGCUCGAGCUCUUUACCCACGCCCAACGCCGGCACCCGUGGCCAUGAACCAACGCAGCUUUCUGGAGCCGUCUUAGCGCUUGGAUUGCUGUUGCUAUUUGGAUUAUCUUAG